CGAGGUCCUCCAGGGUUUGGAAUCAAUAUGAAUACGCCCGCGAAGCGCGCUCACCGCUGACUUCACUUCCACGCGAAUUCCCCGGCGCCGAGGCCUGCGAGACGGCGGCGUGCCCUUGCGCGAGUGAAGUCGCGAGCGAGCUGUGUGGUGACGUCGUAAGCCGUUGUCGUCGUCGUCUCUCGAGCGCGUACAUACACAUACAUACACGCGCGCACACGCACACACACACACACACACGAGCAGGAUCGAACGGGAACGAACGGGGUCUUAAAUCGCGGUCGGGGUCUCGUUGUAGUAUCGCGCAGAACAGCGGCGAGCAGCCACCCUCUGAGCACGCGAAGCUCGCACCAGCGGAAAAACCGCGAACGAAACGAAGUAGAGGAGAAAGAGCCGGUGGCGAGCACGAGGAGAAAGAGAGAGAGAGAGAGAGACUCGUCGAUUGGGCGACGAAUUCCAGGAAUUGGGGAGGAUCGGCUCGCGAGCAAGAGAUUCGCAUCGGGAUUGAUCUCAGUCGGUCGGCUAGACGAGAAGUGUCGAGGUCGAGCAGGAAGAAGGACAAGGUGGAGGAGUAAGAGAGUCACGUUGACUGAGAGAGAGAGAGAAAGAGUAGAGGUAAAAAGAGAGGGUGUUCGAUCAGUCGGGCGACGAAGUCGAUCGGGCGACGAAGUCGAUCGGGCGACGAUGGCAGUGAGCACCUUCUCAACGGCAUUGCACACCACCGAUUUUGCCACUACGUGCACCACACCUGCGCCCUGGACCGAGGCGUCGUUACCGCCCGAAGACGAGGAGGAUAAUAUCCUGCAUAUCGGCGGUAUCUUUCCGAUCGCCGGCGAGGGUGGCUGGCAAGGUGGCCAGGCUUGCAUGCCAGCUGCGCACCUGGCCUUAGAAGACGUUAAUCGCGAGAAGAACUUGUUACGCGGAUACCGACUGCAUCUUCAUUCCAACGACAGCGAGUGCGAGCCCGGUCUCGGCGCGUCCGUGAUGUACAACUUGCUGUACUUCCCACCCUACAAAUUAAUGCUAUUAGCCGGCUGCAGCACCGUCUGCACCACGGUUGCUGAGGCGGCGAAGAUGUGGAAUCUGGUGGUGCUUUGUUACGGUGCGUCGUCGCCAGCGUUGUCCGAUCGAAAUCGAUUCCCGACCCUCUUCAGGACGCAUCCAUCCGCCACCGUACAUAAUCCCACCAGAAUCAAAUUGCUGCAGAAGUUUGGCUGGUCUCGGGUAGCGAUAUUGCAGCAAGCCGAGGAAGUGUUUAUAUCGACCGUCGAAGACCUGGAAGCGCGGUGUAAAGAAGCCGGCAUCGAGAUAGUCACGCGGCAAAGCUUUCUCUCGGACCCGACGGACGCGGUGAAGAAUCUACGCCGUCAGGACGCGCGGAUAGUUGUCGGCCUGUUCUACGUGGUGGCCGCGAGGAGGGUACUCUGCGAGCUCUAUCACCAGAAGCUGUACGGCAAGACCUACGUGUGGUUCUUCAUAGGUUGGUACGAGGACGACUGGUUCGAGAUCAAUCUGGAGAAGGAGGGCAUCACCUGCACGAAGGAGCAGAUGCGCAUGGCGGCCGAGGGUCACCUCACCACCGAGGCACUCAUGUGGAAUCAGAACAACGACACGACAAUCAGCGGUAUGACCGCCGAGGACUUUAGAAAGAGGUUGAACAAGUUGCUGAAGGACGACGGUUACGACAUCGACAACAAUCGAUAUCCGGAAGGAUAUCAGGAAGCGCCGCUUGCCUACGACGCGGUCUGGUCCGUCGCGUUGGCGUUUAACAGAACCAUGGAGCGACUGAGCAAGAUGGGAAAGAAUCUGAAGAACUUCACUUACGAUAACAAAGAGAUCGCCGACGAGAUAUACGCGGCGGUAAACUCGACCCAAUUCCUCGGAGUAUCCGGUCACGUGGCGUUUAGCUCGCAGGGCGACAGGAUCGCCUUGACGCAGAUCGAACAGGUGAUCAACGGCAAGUACGUCAAGCUGGGCUACUACGACACGCUGAGCGACAAUCUGACGUGGCGGAAUGUGGAGCGAUGGAUCGGCGGCAAGGUGCCGCAGGACAGAACGAUAAUAAGAACCGUCUUGAGAACGGUGUCACUGCCCUUAUUCAUAAGUAUGGCGACCCUGUCAGCGCUUGGUAUCGUGAUAGCCAUCGGAUUGAUCAUAUUUAACGUCUAUAAUAGGCACCGGAGGGUCAUACAUUCGUCUUAUCCCACCGCCAAUACGAUAAUGCUGCUGGGUAUAAUUGGCUGUUUCCUGGCGGUAUUGCUGAUUGGAAUUGACGGUAGGUUUGUGACUCCUUGGCAAUUUCUGAUAAUUUGCCAAGCGAGAGCGUGGACUAUGUCGACCGGCUUCACUCUGGCGUUCGGUGCUAUGUUCAGUAAGGUGUGGAGGGUUCACCGGCUCUCCACGAAAGCGAAAGCCGAUCAAGGAAAAUCAUUGACGGCUAAACAAAAGGUUUCGUCUAUACAGAAGAAGAUUGAGCCGUGGAAGCUGUACGUAAUGCUGAGCGGAUUGUUAUCGGUGGACAUCAUCCUACUCGUCACUUGGCAGGUGGUUGAUCCGUUGCGUCGGGAAAUCGAGACUUUCUCGCUGGAGUCGCCUCCAUACGGAGACGAGGACGCGAUGAUUAAGCCCGAAUUAGAGCAUUGCUCGAGCGAACACUACGACUUGUGGAUCGGUUUGAUUUACGGCUACAAGGGAAUUGUCUUGGCUUUCGGGCUCUUUCUAUCUUACGAGACGAGAAGCAUCAAAAUCAAACUGAUCAAUGACUCCAGAUACGUGGGAAUGUCGAUAUAUAAUAUCGUAGUUCUGUGUCUCAUAACGGUACCUGUGAUAAUAGUCAUCUCUAGCCAGCAGGACGCGAGUUACGCCUUCUCGGCGUUGGCCACUAUCUUUUGUUGCUUCCUUAGUAUGGCGCUCAUCUUCGUGCCGAAAGUAAUCGAGGUGAUCAGGCAUCCCCGUGACAAGUCCGAAUCGAGGUACAACCCGGACGGUGCGGUAUCUAAGGAGGAGGAAGAGAAGUAUCAGAAACUACUCAACGAAAACGACGAACUUCAGAAACUCAUCGCUGCGAAGGAGGAAAAGAUCCAAGCAAUCAAGCAGAAGUUGGCGGAGCGGGACGCCCUGAAGGGGGGUGCCGGCACGAGUCGUUGCAGGCAAGGUCAGCCCAAGCAGUCCUUUAUCGUCGCCGACUAUCCGACCGGCGAGGGAACGUCGGACAGCGCUAUCGGGACAGAGCUUUUGAGUAUUUUAUAUCUGGACCUUUUAACUUUUACCGAGGACGCGUACACUUCCAAGAGGAGGAUAACAAAGCUUUUUCCGAGACAUCACCCUAGUUUUGCCGAUCGGUCGGAAGUGCACUCUACGUUUCUCGAAGAUAAUGCCACGAGCUUUAAUCAGGUUUAAAAGGAAAACACGAUUAAAAGAAACGAGCUGGUCGGUGCAUUGUUCAUGCGAGGUGCGUUGUCGUUGUUGUUCCUUCAUCGUGUCUACCUGUGAGAUUGCAACUGAUUUUUUCAAAAAGGGAAAGCCGAGAUAUAAUACGCGUGUGAUUAAUCGUCCUGCGAAAGAAAUGUUUUUCCCGAAAUCUCCACGAUAAUUUUGAAAAAGAUAACACAGAAAGAGCAAACGUAUUUUUCGACAAUACGGUAGGAGGAACAUUCACCGACGGCGCAAGUUAAUUGUUCGCACCUCCGACAAUGAAAUCUUUACGGCUAUAAUCAUCAACCGGACUUCUCUACUCAGGAUAAUGUUCGUGACGUACAACUUGUACUCAUUUGUUACAGAGCACGAUAUAUGAAGCAGUUUAUAAUGUUUAUGUUAGGCCUAGUACGAUCUCUUAACGACUGUGUCACAGUGAUUCAAUUAUAGCAGUUAAAUCUCGUUAGAAAAAUCGUCGUGACAAUUGUUGUACCGAGUGUUUCGAACAUGUAAACCUCAUGAAGCGUACUCCCAAAUUUGAAGAGACAAUCAAUCGAAAUGAUCAGCGAUCGGGCAUAAUCGGAGAUACAUCGAUGCAUCGGUCGCGCGCGCGCGCGCGCGCAAAAUAAGUGCUAACGAGAUUUAAAUGCUUACACGAAUUUAUUCACUACCAUUCGUUUGUAAUUUGGGAGUCUUGAUGAGGUGAUACGUCGUAUUAUUGUUGUUUUUAGUAGUGUGUAUGUAUAGUUGUUCGUAUCACGAUAAUUUUGCUUUUUGUAAUGACGACGUCCGCGUGAAGUCUAUGCCGAUGAUUUUCUUUCUAUCUCACUCUCUUGCGAUAGCGAAUUCACGACUUCCAAAUCAUUACGGAUGGAUCUCGGUUUUCAUGUUACCACGUUAAUCCGUGUUGUGAGUUGUUCGCGAAGAUUAUGGUGUCUGACUUUCUGUUUCCAGGCACGCAGCACGUCGCCGAAAUGUACGAACUGCACCGACUAUGAUGCCAAAGCAAUAUACACUACCAACACGACGCACAUAUACACAAACACGCACACACAACACGCAUACACGAACACACACGGAACGAGCGGUUCGUCGCUCGCGUCGACAAAACUCUCUUCUAAAACUAGUAUUAAACCUACGUGCACGGUCAAUAUGCGAUUGUAAUAACGAAUCUCGGGACGCGCGCCAAAACGUGAGAAUGACUCUUGAAAGUGUCGAGGCACGAUUUCGCAAGCGGCGAGAGUAGCCAAUUGUCGCGUGCUCUAACGUAAGUUAAAUCUAUAGCGUGUGGAAUUGUUUUAUAUGUUUCGAUACGGUAAUUACGAUUUCGAAUGCGCCUUACGAAGAGAAGACGAACAAAGGAAAGUGUGAAAAAAGUAGGAAAAAGGGAGAAUAAUUGCAAUAAGAGAACGGAAUAUCAGUGGCAGUGCGCGCGUGGUUCGCGCGAUUAGACUCACGCAGUUGUCACCAUGUGAUAACGAAGGCAUUCGAAGAUUGCGCAUAAGAGAUCCACGGUUUUUCAUCGGAAAUUCGUAAAUCUCUCGUUUAUCGUACUUACCAGCGCGCCUACCCACCCACAGUAUUUUUUACUGUACUCAUUUGAUCAACUGCCGCGCAAACGGCGCUUAAGUCUAGCAUUAUACAUACGUAUACAUUAUAUAUCGAACUGUUGACGAAAGUAUCACAUAUAUGUACGUUAGAUUAUGGAGAUAUUUAUUUUUAAGUUUUUGAAUUAUAAAAAAUCCGUUAAAAAUUGAA